CGUGUCAUCGGCGGCUCGUUCUUGGCCGUAUCAAUCUUUGUAUUCGGCUACUACACUUUUUGGGCCCUGAUUUCUCCAUUCUUUCCUACAGACUCCUUUAUCCAAAACCUUUUCCCUGCGCGUGAAUGGGCUGUCCGUUUGCCGGCGCUCAUCUUGGUUCUGGGACUAUCUGUUAUCGGAGCCUUUAUUUUCAAUGUUUUGCGGAGACAAGCUAUCGUAAAGCGUGAGAAGGAGCUCCAAAAGAGCGCAUAA